UCUCAAUUGAAAUUAACAGGCGGCUCAAUAUCAAAUUUGAUAUCCCAUCUUUCAAACAUCCAUAGCAUUACGAAGGAUGGACCCAAGUUAUCUGAACAUGAUCAUUCUAAGCAAACUAAAAUCGACUCGUUUGUAGCAACUAUAACUACUUACCAACAUAAUAAAUCAAAAAAUAACAAGCUUAUUAUGGCUCUUAUUAAAUUUAUUAUCUGCGAUGCUCAGCCAUUUAACCUUGUAUCAAGUCAAUUUUUUUGCGAGUUCGUGAAAGAAUUAGAUCCAAUGUUUAUUUUGCCUAGUAAAAAAAGAAUAAAACAAACGAUUUAUAUGUUAUAUAAUCAGUGUGCUGGAAGUAUGCAGGAAAAGUUACAAAAUAGUGUGAUAACUUGCUCACUUACCACAGAUCUGUGGACAGCUCGCAACAAGCAAGGAUAUCUUGGCGUCACCUGUUCGUGGAUUGACCCUGAAUUUAAAAUCCAUGAAAUCUUGCUUUCUUUAACUUAUGUUAAAUAUCCACAUACUGCUGACACUAUUCAAGAAAAACUAGAAGACAUAAUUUCUGAUUGGGGUCUUACAGAAAAGGAACGCCUUUUACUUAUCAAGGAUGCCAUCAAUAUUGUCUUAACAACAUUAACUGUCUUUACUGCUUCUGAAGCCCGUCCUUUCUAUGAAACCACGAAGGAGCUUGGUGGUUCAGAAUAUGUUACUAUUUCAUACAUGUUUCCGUCUAUUUUGGCACUAAUGCAAAAAUUAGCUAGUUCUACAAGCUCUUAUGAUGAAGAAUUAGAUGAUGAAAUAAAUUUUGAAAUGGAUGAUUUAGCAUUUAAUGAAGAUUUGCGAUUUGCAACCAUAUCUCAACGACGUGAAGCUGAGGCUGCCCUGCGCACUAAGUAUAACAAUGCCAAAUCCCUCUAUCAAUCUUCAACAACUUUAUCUACUAAAUCUUUUAGUCCUAAUGAAGAUCAAAAUAACCAAGGAAGUCAAGUUUAUCAAAAAUCAUUUUUAAAAACAGUCUUUAUACAAGAUAUCUCCAACGAAUCAAACGAUGAAGUUGAUAAUUAUCUUUCUUUAUUCGAAAUCUUCUACAAGUCGAAUCCGUUUGACUGGUGGAAUUCUCAAAAGGCUUUUUUUCCUAUUAUUAUGAUUGGUGAACUACAAGGCAAACUUGAUAAUCCGAAGAACGUGAAGGAGACCUAA